CUACCUAUUCGCCUACCGAUCAGUUGACAUCUUUCCGAGAUGACGAACGGUUCCCCAAAAAUCCAAUACUACGAGCACGAGCUCAACAUCCGCCAGGUGAUCGAGCAGUCCAACUUACAGGAUCUCGACCAUCCUCUCAACAUUUGCGAUUUGUCUAAUCUGGAAAGGAAGCUUCGCCUCUGGCAGAAACUCAUGCCCAGGAUAAAACCCCAUUAUGCAGUUAAGUGCAAUGACGAUCCAGUGCUGGUUAAGUUUCUGGCGGAUCUAGGAACUGGAUUCGAUUGUGCCUCCAAAAAUGAGCUCAAAAUGGUCCUAGGUUUUGGGGUUUCCCCAGAGCGUAUUAUCUUUGCUCAUCCUUGUCGUCCAGCUAACCAUUUGAAAUAUGCCAAGGAGCACAAGGUACUCAAUGGGACGGUGGAUAAUGAGUUUGAGAUUUACAAGUUGUACAAACACUAUCCCGACUCCAACAUACUCGUGAGAUUCAAGAGCGAGGCCAAGAAGGCGCUGUGUCCCUUGGGCGACAAAUACGGCUGCAAUGCGGAAGAGGAUGCCGGAGCACUGAUGCUCCUGGCCAAGGCCCUGAAACUAAAGGUAACCGGUACCAGUUUCCAUGUGGGAUCCGGAUGCAGCGAGGUUGAGGCCUUCGAUCGGGCCAUCGAGAAGGCCGAAAACAUUUUUAAUUUCGGCGAGCGGAUAGGUCAUAAAAUGGAUUUAUUGGAUAUUGGUGGUGGAUUUCCAGGCAUCGAUGAUGGGGUGUUCGAGCAGAUAGCUGAAGCUGUUAACACUUCAGUUCAGCUCCGUUUUCCCGAUGAACGAGUCCAAAUAAUUUCCGAACCAGGACGUUUCUUUGUGGAGGCUGCAAACACGUUGAUUUGCAAGGUCCAUGGUAAGCGGGAGGUUCGCAACAAAGAUGGAAAGCUGGAACAAAUUAUGUAUUACCUAAAUGAUGGCAUCUUUGGAGCCUUCGCAGGAAUGUUCUACUAUCCUGAGGUAGCGACUCCUCAGCCUUUUCUGGAUAACGCCGAAACCUUGCCAAAGUUCAAGUCAUUGAUUUGGGGUCCCAGCUGCGAUGCCUUGGAUAAGCUAUUGGGGGACUUCUUAUUACCCAACUUGAACUGCGGCGAUCUUUUGGGAUUCGUCAACAUGGGCGCCUACACUUUGCCCCUUGCCAGUCCCUUCAAUGGAUUCGAUGUGCCAGAGACGAGAUACUUCCAAGAGAAGCCAAAAUAAAGUAAACGAUUGCUUGCAUUUGUAA